AUGGAAACAUGGACAGUUAAACGUGAUGAAUGUAUAUAUACAUCGUAUUAUUGUUGGAAACAAAAUGAUUCAAAUCAUUUAGACAAUCUUUAUGCAGUAUUUAUAUCGAAUGAACGUCGACAAAUUCCUAUUUGGAAACAAAAAUCUGUAUUUAAUGAUAACUAUCCUGUUACAUGGGAUUAUCAUGUGAUCUUAGUCGAUAAAUCUGUAUCGCCUACAAUCAUCUAUGAUUUUGAUUCUACACUACCAUUUCCUGUUUCUGCAAUCGGUUAUCUUCGAUCUGCUAUUCGUGAUGAAAUAAAUCUACUACGUAAAUUUCAUCGAAUAAAUGGAUUCAAUCAAUCAUCUGAAAAUGAAAAUCACGAAAUUGAUGUAAUACAUACAGAUCUCCUUGAUAAUCCUCGUUGUCAUCGUGGUCUUGAUUUACGCGUCUGGUUAAAUAAAUCAUCAAAUCUUAAUUCUACAAGUACAUGUCUUUGUCCACCAACUUAUUACGGUAAUCAAUGUCAAUAUCAAAAUCAACGCUUAAGUUUAUCAAUAAGAUUUUACGAUUCAGUUCAAUCAAUACAAACCUUGUUUGCAAUCUUAAUUAUACUAAUUGAUAAUACAAAUCAACGAAUGAUUCAUUCAUAUGAACAAUUGACUUAUUUACCUAAACGAGAUUGUAAAGUUAAAUUUAAUGUUUAUUUAGUUUAUUCAACUCGACCAAAAGAUAUGAACAAAAAUUAUUCAAUACAUAUUGAUAUUCAUGAAAAAAUCUCUCUCAAAUAUCGAGGAAGUUUUCUUUAUCCUGUCGAAUUUUUAUUUUUACCUGUUCAUCGUUUAGCAUUUAUUAUAAAUAUUCCAUCAGAAGAUGAUUAUUCUUGUUCAAAUAAGAAAUGUCUUCAUGGAAAAUGUCUAAACUAUUUUAAUACAAAAGAAACAUUUUGUCAGUGUGAGCAAGGAUGGUCUGGGCAAUAUUGUGAUAUUCCACACAAUAAUUGUAAUUGUUCAUCCAAUUCAAUAUGUAUUGGUCGGGCGAGUGAUAAUCAAUCAAUAUGUAUUUGCCGAGAAUAUUAUUUUGGUUCAAAAUGUUACCUUCGAAAUCGAAUAUGUGAUAAUUCCCCAUGUCGAAAUAAUGGUUUAUGUAUUCCACAUGAUGAUUUUAUGAUAACGAAGAGCCAAGAAUAUUUGUGUAUAUGUCCCAAAGGUUUCAGUGGAAGUCGAUGUGAAUUAAUUAGUACUCAAGUUGAUCUUAUAUUUGAUAAAAAUAUUUAUUUAUCUCAUUCAAUUUUUAUUCAUUUCAUAAAAAUUGUUCCAUUUGAUCAAACUGCAGCGAUUAUACCAGAAACUUCACCAGAAAGAUCAACAACUUUACAAACCAUAUCUCAAGCAACAAAUUCUAUUCGAAUUUAUUGGUCACGACCAUUUCAUCUAAUGUUUAUUGAAACAUUAGAUAAAAUAUAUUAUUUAACUGUUAUUCAACCAGUUCAUAAUUAUUCAACAAUAGUGAAAAGAAUUAACUCUUUACAUUAUUGUCCAUCGAUCAAUAAAUUAGAAAAUGAAACAUUUACUCAACUUCACGUUAUUCGUCGUAUAAAAUAUUAUCAUUUAAUUUGCCAAAAACAUUCACCAAAUUUAUUAUGUUUUCAUGAUGAUAUUCAUAUUUGCUUAUGUUACGAUCAUCUGGGAAAACGUUUGGCAAAUUGUUUUAAUUUUGAUCAUAAAAUGAAAUUUGAUUGUUUUGGAAAAAAUUAUUGUGAACAUAAUGGCCAAUGUUUUCAAGAUUCACCCACUUGUCCUACACGAUCGAUUUGUGUUUGUCCUUUAUGUUAUUAUGGAACUCGAUGUCAAUUUACAACAAGUGAAUUUGGUUUAUCACUUGAUGCUAUUUUAGCUUAUCAUGUUAUUCCCGAUGCAAAUAUUUCUCAUCAAACAUCAAUUAUCAAAACAAGUUUAUCAUUAACAAUUUUAUUUAUGAUUUUUGGAUUAAUUAAUGGUAUUCUUUCAUUAAUUACAUUUAAAAAUGAAAGUAUACGUGAAGUUGGUUGUGGAAUUUAUUUAUUAGGUUCAUCAAUAACAACAAUAUUAACAAUGAUUAUGUUUGGAUUAAAAUAUUUUACUUAUCUUUCAACACAAAUCUCAACACCAUCCAAUAAAUCUUUUCUAACAUUUCAAUGUUAUUCAUUCGAUUUUCUUCUUCGAAUUUGUCUUAAUAUGGAUCAAUGGUUAAAUGCAUGUGUAGCAAUGGAGAGAGCAGUAACUAUUAUUAAAGGUGUUCAAUUUGAUAAGAAGAAAAGUAAAGAAUUAGCUAAAAAAGUUUUGAUUAUUCUUUUAAUUUUAAAUAUUUUAACAUUAAUACAUGAUCCAAUUUAUCGACAGUUAUAUCAAGAAGAAAAUGAUAAUGAUGAUAAUAAAACAAGAAUUUGGUGUAUCGUCAAUUAUUCUUUAAAAUUACAAAUUUAUAAUCGAAUUAUUAAUACAUUUCAUUUUUUCGUACCAUUUCUGAUUAAUCUUAUUUCAUCAGUUACUUUAAUAGUAAAAGAAUCUGAUCAAAAACGUCGUCUUCAAAAAAAUCAACCGUAUAAAAAUGUGUUAUAUAGACAAAUUCGAGAACAUCAAAAUUUAUUAAUUGCACCUGUUGUUUUAUUUCUUCUUGCAUUACCACGAUUAAUUCUUACUUAUGUAUCCGAAUGUAUGAGUUCAACAAAAGAUUCGUGGUUAUUUCUUUUUGGAUAUUUUAUUUCAUUUAUUCCAUCAAUGAUUGUCUUUAUUAUCUUUGUUUUACCAUCAGAUUUUUAUAGAAAAGAAUAUCAGAAAACAAUUGUACAAUAUAAAAAUCAAAUUCAACAACGUUUUUGUCGAACAACAUAA